CUGAUCCCAUCACAUAUCUCCCGGCACAGCACGUCGUGAGAUGGAGAUCUCGGGCAAUGAGAUUGCCGAUGUGGUCUUGCGGCAGUUUGAUGCCUUUCCAACCAAGGGAAAGCCAUUGAAUCGGGGUGCCGGUGUGAAAGAAUGGGUGCCGCUGAGUGGCAUUGUCGCGCAAGGGAAAAACAGCCUUACGUGUUUAGCAACAGCCACGGGUAUGAAAUGUCUCCCACAGAACAGAAUCGCCCAAGCUCAAGGCACCGUCCUCCACGAUUGGCAUGCUGAGAUCCUGGCCAUCCGCUCAUUCAAUCGUUUUCUGCUUGAUGAAUGCUAUGCCCUCGCCUCAUGCCAGAAGCAGACUUCUGAGUUCAUUCGUCUGCGUAGUCCAGACGAAAGGACCGAGUCUCAUUUCCAGCCCUUUGCAUUGAACGACGGUAUCAACCUCCACAUGUACUGUUCAGAAGCCCCAUGUGGUGAUGCCAGCAUGGAGCUCACAAUGGCAGCCCAAGAUGAUUCUACUCCAUGGGAUUUACCUCCAUCCAUCAAUGGCGUAAACCCCACCACCAGCCCAUCAACCGACACUUCUCCACCCUCAGAUGCAACGACCCAUCCGCUGCUCCAAGGCCGAGGAUACUUCUCCGCCCUCGGCAUCGUCCGCCGCAAGCCAUCCCGUCCAGACGCACCUCCCACGCUCUCCAAAUCCUGUUCCGACAAACUCGCCCUCAAACAAAGCACCUCCCUCCUCAGCUCCCUAACCUCCCUCCUCAUCUCCCCCUCCAACAUCUACCUCACCUCCCUCAUCCUCCCCUCAUCCCAACAUUCAGCCUCCGCAUGCCAGCGCGCCUUCUCCCCCUCGGGCCGCCUAAAAGAGCUAAACGGCAAGACCUGGGACGGCGGGUACGCCUUCACGCCCUUCUCGGUGCUUACUACGGACCGCGAGUUCCGGUUCAGCAGACGCCAAGCGCUAUCCCCCGGUGAGAAACUCGUCCCGUCGAACAUCUCGGCCUCGUGGACACCGCUCCAGUUCGAGACGCUGAUUGGGGGCGUGCUGCAGGGGAGAAGGCAGCACGAUCUCAAGGCCGCGAGUUGUGUCUGCAAGAGGCGCAUGUGGAAGCUGGCGCUGGAGAUAGCGGCGCUGGUGGCGGUUCCCAGGAUCGAGAGGGGUUUGAGAGGAGGCAUGUAUGGGGAUGUGAAGGGGGAUGAGUUGUUGAGGUAUAGGAGGAGCGUUAAGGAGAGUGUUAGGACGGGGCCGCUGCAGGGAUGGGUGAGGAAUGUUGGGGGUGAGGAAUUUGGGAUUGAGGGGGUUGGGAUUUGAUGCGUGGUUGUGAAGGUGAAGAACUGCGACUUUAUCGUUGGAUUAUAUAUAUAUAAGAGAGGGGCGUCCUAAUGUACGUUGGAUUUCAAGAUCCGGUAGCGUUUAGUUACUACGAGCUUCCACCAUUUUGGAAGCAGUAUACUCAACACAGUCUGCCCGAUUUUCGACAGAUCUGUCCGUGAGUCUGGCUCUUGUUGGAUCGUGUAUGCAGCUUGAAUACAUAUCUACGCAGUAGAAGACCUCCU